AUGGAACACUCCAAAUCAACCUCUACCCCUCUAGCUGUUCACCCACCAUUAACAGCUGCCGAAAAACCACUGCCUGACCCAUCGCAAUACCGUGCGUUAGUUGGCAGCCUACAAUAUCUUAGCCUCACCCAUCCCAACGUUUCCUUCUCAGUAAAUAAGCUAGCCCAAUACAUGCACUGCCCUACUGAUUUUCACAUGCAAUCUCUCUAUCGCCUUCUACGUUACCUAAAUGGCACUUCUAACAUGGGACUUAUCAUUCACAAAAACUCUCCACUUUCGCUUCAUGCAUACUCGGAUGUUGACUGGGCCAGAGAUACAGAUGAUUUUAUCUCUACAACAGCCUAUAUAGUCUACCUUGGUAAAUAUCCCAUAUCAUGGUCAUCAAGAAAACAGAAAACACAUGCAAAGUCCUCCACAGAGGCUAAAUACAGAGCAGUUGCUGCUGCCUCUGCUGAACUUCUUUGGGUUCAAAAUUUACUCCAUGAGCUUUGA